CAACAAUGGGAAAAGAAUUGUAUUAGACUGGGAGGGAAUCCAGGCACUUUAUACUUUGUACAAGCAUGAGUUUUUUCUCCCAAAACAAACCACCCGUAAAUGGAAGAAGAAAGAUUGCCAUCGUUAUCUGAAAAUGACGCAAACUACAUAGCAUCCCACAAACUCGACCUCAUUGGAUCUUCUUUCCUUGUAUUUCCCGUUACCUUUGAAAUCUUUUACUUCCCAAGUCUCUUUCUCUUCCAACAAGAUGAUGACACAUACUUCCUCUCUUUGUUCCUAUGUAUAAAUAGACAUUUCAUUUUUGUACAUAUGGGGUCAAACUUGAAAUAGAUAAUUGUGAUAAGGACAAAUAGAAAAGCAAGCUGGAUUGGUGGGUGAAGAAAAUUAUAAGGUGGAGAUUGUUAAGUCCAAUAAAGCAGAUGCCUUUUGAUGUAGUAGAUGGCUUUCCCCGUGUGUUAUUGUCUGAGCCUGGUGGUUCCUCAGCAGAGGUGCUCUUAUAUGGUGGUCAAGUUGCCUCUUGGAAGAAUGAACGAGGAGAAGAACUACUGUUCAGAAGUACCAAGCCUCUUGCAAAAUCUCCAAAUGCAACUAGGGGCGGAGUUUCUGUUUCGCUUUCACAGUUUGGUACAACAGGGAAAGUUCUGCAGCAUGGAUUGGUGAGGCAGAAUCUAUGGUCAUUAGAUAGUAGCCCUUUGCAUCUAUCUUCCUCUGGAAGCCAGUCAUCUAUUGACCUCAUCUUUCAGCCUAUUGGGAAAGAUUUGAAAACUAACCCUUCUAGUUUUGAGCUCCGGCUACAUGUAUCGCUGGGUCCUGGAAGGCUAACCUUGAUACCUUCUGUGAAGAAUACUGAUAACAAAUCCUUUUCCUUUAUAUUUGGUCUAUGCAACGACUUGUCAGUAUCUGAUAUCAGUGAGGUGCGCAUUGAAGGACUAGAGACACUUGACUACUUGGAUUGUUUGCUACGACAAGAGAGAUUUACUGACCAAGCUGAUGCUAUUACAUUUGAUGGAGAGGUCCAUCGUGUUUACUUAAGUACACCUCCAAAAAUUGCAAUCAUAGACCAUGGGAAAAAGAGAACGUUUGUUCUUCGUAAGGAAGGUCUACAAGAUACUGUUCUUUGGAAUCCAUGGGACAAAGUAUCUAAGGUUCUCCCUGACUUUGGCAUGGAGGAUUACAAGAUUAUGAUGUUAGUAGAUUCCACAACCUUUGAAAAGCCAAUUGUGCUGAAACCUCAUCAAGAAUGGAAAUGCUGUCAAGAGAUUGUCACGGUCUCUUCGAGCUAUUGUAGUGGGCAAUUGGAUCCUCAAAAUGUUCUUUAUGAGUUAAGCUGAGCUUAAUUUAGUAACUUAUGGGGCUUCUAUUGUUGUUGUGUUAUGUAUGCUCUGAUGUGUAUAUAUAGAAAGAAAUACCUGUGCAGAUGAUUCUGAUAUUUUUCGUUUUAAUGUUAUAUGUGUUGACCUGCCAUGUUUAUUGGUGAGGUGAUGAGGUGAAUGGAA